AUGAGUGUCAAAAUUUCCAAAGUCAGUGAGCAAGAAUUCAAGGAGUCGAUUGUGCAAGAGUACACCGACAUCAUUGGCGAGAAGCUAGGUGGCAAGGUGCUAGCAUUUUCAGACGAGUGGUUUGCAGCGGCAGAGAACUUGAUCAAACCAAAGGAGCCAAUCAGAGAUGCGACCAGGUUCACAUACGCCGGUGCAUGGUAUGACGGUUGGGAGACACGUAGACACAACACGGCUGAGUGCGACUGGGUCAUCAUCCAAAUGGGUGUCUCCUCUGCCUCGCUCAUCGGCUGCGAGAUUGACACUGCCUUCUUUAACGGUAACCAUGCGCCAUUCAUCUCUGUCGAGGCCACCAACUUGGUUGGUGACUCGAACGACUUCGAGCACGCAGACUGGGAUGUCAUCAUCUCCAAGGUUGAGUGCGGGCCGACGCAGAAACAGUUCUUUGUGAGAGACUCGAUCACCGACAAGACGUACACCCACGUCAGACUCAACAUGUUCCCAGAUGGGGGUAUUGCGAGAUUCAGAUUGUACGGUCAGGUGAAGCCGAUCUUCCCUGAAGACAUUUCUCUUCAGUUGGACACUGCCAGCGCCAUUCAGGGUGGUGUUUGCACGUCAUUCUCGGACCAGCACUUUGGUUCUGCAGACAACUUGUUGUUGCCAGGCAGGGGCCAUGACAUGUCUGACGGGUGGGAGACCAAGAGAUCGAGAGGUGAGAACCACGUCGACUGGGCCAUCAUCAGACUUGGACACAGAACAAAUAUCAAAAAGGUGACCGUCGACACUGCCCAUUACAGAGGUAACUUCCCUCAGUACAUCAAGGUCGAGGGGAUCGACUCCAAAGUCGAACCGUCCUUUGACGACGCAAAUUGGGAGACCGUUGUCGACAAAUCCAAGACUGGUCCGGACAAGGAGCACGACUACGAAGUCACUUUGAACAAGCCAUACACGUAUGUGAAGUUGGUGAUGAUUCCAGACGGUGGUGUCAAGAGAAUCAGAUGCUGGGGUACUUUGGCUUAA